GAUGAAAGUAAUUUAUGUUUUCCCGAAUUGCAUUCAGAAUUUUUAGCAUUAGAAUCUAAAUUAUCAGUGGCUGGUAACUUAUCUGUUCUUUUAGGUACUAAUUUAACAUUACGUUGUAUACGUGAUGCUCGCCAGUUUGCAGAACUAACAGACUUUUCAUCACAUGGAGAAUUAACAGAUUUUACAUCUACACAAUCUUUAUUUUGUUCUCGAAUACUAGUUCUCCAAAGACCUCUUUCUGGCUCAACAAUUACCUUACAAAAAUGCUAUGGCGUCCUCAGGAUCAUAUAACGGGGAUGCAGAGACAGAAAGUGAUAAAUUUGAAGGAUCUAAAAUUGAUCGACAUGGUUUUCUUCAAGAUUCCAAUUGUAGCUCUGACAGCCUUGUUAAACAAGGAUUACCACCAGAGGUAAUGCUGAGAAGAGAAAGAAAAUGGAUACAGAUGUUAAACAAUUGGAGUUAUUUCAUGAAUACAAACUACCGUAAAGUUAGAGAAAGAUGUAGAAAGGGUAUCCCACCAUCAGUAAGACUUCGUGCAUGGUUAAAUCUUUGUGGAGGUCAAUUGUUAAUGGAUACAAACCCAAAUCUAUUUGAAGAGUUAGUUGAGCGAUCUGGCGAUCCAAAGUACAUAGAUGACAUCAAGAAGGAUCUUCAUCGUCAAUUUCCACAUCAUGUAAUGUUUAUCGGAGAAGCACCUGGACAAGAAGAAUUAUUUAAAGUAUUGAAAGCUUACUCUAUUUUAAAUAGCAAAGUUGGUUAUUGUCAGGCCCAAGCACCUAUUGCAGCAUUUCUAUUGAUGCAUAUGCCAGCAGUACAAGCAUUUUGGUGCCUUGUUGCAAUAUGUGACAAAUAUUUGAUCGGAUAUUAUAGUCAAGGAAUGGAAACAUUGUUACGCGAUGGAGAUAUUUUGUUUGCUCUUUUGAAAAGAGUCUCUCCUAUUGCUUACAAACAUUUGAAAAAACAAAAAAUGGAACCAAUUUUAUAUAUGACUGAAUGGUUCUUAUGUGUUUAUACGCGAACACUACCGUGGGAAAGUAUUCUACGAGUGUGGGAUAUGUUUCUUUGUGAAGGUGUUAAGAUUAUCUUUAAAGUUGGGUUGGUUUUGUUAAAAGGCAGUUUAGGACGUACAUCUCUUACUAAACGCUGUCCGACAGUUUAUGAAACACUUCAAGUAUUAAGAAAUCCUCCUCACCAUAUUAUGGAAGAAGAAGCUUUAGUUUAUCAGAUUCGGAAAUUAAACCUAACGGAAGAAGAUUUCGAAUAUGAACAUCAGCGUCAAGUAUUAAAACGAAAAGCAGCAGAGCAAGCUGCCUCUUUUUCCACUGCCAAUCGGACAGACUGAUUACAAAAGAAUAGAUAGCAUAUAAAAUGAAUAAUGAGCUUACAGGUAUUAUAAUUCCAAAGUGUGCCUUCCUUUAUAUAUUUCGUAUUGUACAGAUUACAAAAUGUAAACAGAUAUAGUUUUACAAAAGAUAGAAGUACAUGUAGCAAAGUUUAAAAAGUACCUAACUUCUUUAUCAUAAAUUUAGAUAGUUCUUGAAUGUAAUCACACAUGCAUAUACAUUCCCCAAAUAGAUCGCACAAAUAACAUCCCUAUUUUCUUUAUAAUAACUACGAUUACAAAGAUACUUGCACAAUACUUGUAGAUCUUUAGAGUAUCAUUUAAUGUUGUAUUAUUUCGAGCAUAUCUCUGAUUAUAUAACAAUCGUACAAUUUUAUUAAUAUUUAUGUACAAAAGAAGAAUCAUAAAGCAUUACAUUUUUUAAGAACAAAAUUAGAAAUAUUAUAUACUGUUAUCGAAUAAGAAUUGUUUUGUUUAGCUCAAUGUUGUUUUUGUUAAAAUUUAUCUAACUAUAGUGAUAAAGUAUGUAAUGAAAUAGAUGUUAUGAAUAUAUUUUGAAAGAUUAUCCAGUUUUA